GCCAUUCCAGAGGGAUCGUGGCUAAAGCCUCUCUUUCUGGCUCUCAGGUAUAUAAAGAGGAGGCAGCUGUGGAGCAGAGUACAAUCGCUCUGGAAACAUUAUUCACUCACUGCCUUGCAUCAUCAGUCUGUUCUCUCUAUCUCGCCUAACCUUCCUCUCCACCUGCUGGACUCUGAGCUGAGCAGGUACAUCUGCCAACCUGAGCCAAGCCAAGCUGUGCUAGACCAAACUUUCUCCAGUCACUAUGGAUAUUGCCAUCCAGCACCCCUGGUUCAGACGCGCCCUGGGCUCUGUCUACCCUGCCCGACUCUUCGACCAGUUUUUUGGAGAGGGCAUGUUUGACUACGACCUCUUCCCCUACACCACCUCCACCAUCAGCCCCUAUUACAGACAGUCGCUCUUCCGCAACUUUUUGGACUCUUCCAACUCUGGCAUGUCGGAGGUGAGGUCUGACAGGGAUAAGUUUGCCGUCUUCCUGGACGUCAAGCACUUCUCUCCUGAUGAGCUCAGUGUGAAGAUCACUGAUGACUAUGUGGAGAUCCAGGGCAAGCAUGGAGAGAGACAGGAUGACCAUGGUUUCAUCUCUCGUGAGUUUCAUCGCCGCUACCGCCUCCCCUCCAAUGUUGACCAAUCAUCAAUCACCUGCUCCCUGUCAGCUGAUGGUCUGCUGACUCUGAUUGGGCCAAAGGUCUCUGGGGGAAGUGAUUCCAGCCGCAGUGAGCGCAGCAUCCCUGUCACCCGUGACGACAAGCCCAACGCUGCUGCGUCCUCCUAGAGGCUACGUGGUGGGUGUUGGAAGGGCCCUGCCCACCUACAAUCGACCAACUGGGAUGGAUGACUACAGAAUCUCUAUCCUCCUCUUCUUCCCCCUUUCCCUUAGAGGAUAUCUGUGUCCUCGCUUCACUUUCUCCUCUGUAGAUUAUUCUUAGUACACUCUUACAGUAUUACUAGUAUCAUUGUUUUGAGUUUAACAAAAAUCUCCCCAUGAGGAUGGUUAAGUAAGGGGCGGCUGGAGUUUUUCAGGAAAAAACUCAUCUAAGGACGAGACAUUCACAUGACGUGACUCUUCAUCCUGCUGAUCGUUGUUGGUCUGUUUCAGAGCGAGCCCUCUGACAGUGCUGAUGGUUGGGCUUGGAGGUAAUUGUCACACGUCUUGUCCCAGAUUUUCCAUCAGUAAAGUUCUCUGAGCCCCUGGCUGCUUCCAUUCUUGUGCGGACUCUUUGAACCCUCUCCUCUCUUGUCUUGAAUAUAUCCUGUCUAAUGUAGGCCUUGUUCAAUGGAUACC